CCCACGAGUUCCCACGGAUGAAGCUGGUGAUGUGGCUCUUUCAGGACUCAGUGACUGUUGAGGACGUGGCUGUGGAUUUUAUCGCAGAAGAGUGGGCACUGCUGGAUGGUUCUCAGAAGGCACUUUACAGAGAGGUGAUGGUGGAGACCUUCACAAACCUAGCUGUAGUAGAAAACUUACCCACCGAAGAUGUAAUAGUAAGAUUCUCGGAAAAUUAUCUAAGUGCCUCCAUAUUUAAAAAACUCUGCGAGUUUCAUGGCUGCGAAAAGCAGGGUAACAACCAGAACGCACUUUUGAGAAGAUACUUGUCAUUGAUAUCCUGGAGAAGAUAUGAGGAAAACACUGUUGAUGAGAUCUCCAGUCAAAUUUUAAUUCUUCCAGAAUUAAAAAGGCCAGGAUACUUAUAUCCCAUGGAAUAUCUUCAGAACAAAAAAUCGUUCAGUUCUCUUUCUUCACUAGAGCAUAAUAAGCAAUUCCACAUUCAGUGCAAUGCUCAUCAAUUUAGGAAUUGUGGUAAAAACAAUAUGCACACGACAGUAGAGUUUCAAGCAGGAAACAAAUGCUAUGAAGAAUGUAAAAUUUUUAGAGAUCCUUCAAUACUUAUGGAUGAUAUGGGAAUUUCCAAUGGAGCUAAGUCUUAUCAAUGUAAGCACUGUGGGAAGGAUUUUACUCAAUAUACAUGCCUCAUUCAACAUAUGAGAGCUCACAAGAAAGAAAAGUCAUUUAACUGUAUGGAAUGUGGCAAAACUUUUAAUAGCCCCUCAGAUCUUACUAGACAUAAGAGAACUCACAGUGGAGAGAGACCUUAUAAUUGUAAGGAAUGUGGAAAAGCCUUUAAUCUAUCUUCAAACCUCACUCGACAUAUGAGAAUUCACAGUGGAGAGAGGCCUUAUGAAUGUAAGGAAUGCAAGAAAACUUUUACUCAAUCCUCACACCUCACUGAACAUAGGAGAAUUCACAGUGGAGAGAGGCCCUACGAAUGUAAGGAAUGUGAGAGAGCUUUUAAACAGUCCAUUUGCCUCAAACGACAUAUGAGAAUUCACAGUAGAGAGAGACCUUAUGAAUGUGAGGAAUGUGAAAAAGCCUUUACUCAUUCAUCAAACUUCAGUCAACAUGAGAAUUCACUGUGGAGAGAGAACUUAUGAAUGCAGGAAAUAAUUUAGUCUUCACACCUCACUAAAGUUAUAAGGCAUCAUAUUGGAGAGACAUGAAUGUAAGGGUUUGGUGACAAGCUUAGUGAAUCCUCAAACUUUACUGUGCAUAUGAGACCCAUGGUGCAGAAAGGUCUAAGGAAUUGUGAAAAACCUUUAUCACUGUUUAGUAGUGUACUAUAUUCUUUGAUUUCCACUUGAUUUUGUGAUCUGAUGACUUCUAUAUGCACAACAUAAAAUUUAUAAAUUGUUUCUUUGAUUUAUAUUGAAAUAUUAUUUUACUAUCACCAAACUAUAGGAGUAUUAGAAUGUUUUAUCCACUAUUUUCUAACAUUUUAAUAAAGAUGAUAUUAACAAUAAUGUGCCACUUUUUCUGAACAAAUAUUUUUUAUAUGCAUAAAUCCUUAAGAGGGAUAUGGCUGACAUAUGGCAUACGUAUGUAUAACAAGAAUGUGUCAAAUGGUUUUAAGGGUCUGUGGCAUUCUGUGAUCUCAUCAGUAAUAUUUUAAUGCACUUUCUGUUGGAAAAGCAGAGGCUCCUUUCUGGAGGAAUGAAAAUCACUUCUUUGUCAGUGGUACCAGGAAAGGGCGUUCAAUAGGUGAACACCUACCACACAGGGAACCUAUACAUAAUUAGGUGAUGAAAUUUUCUAUAGCAACCUUAACUAAAACUGUACUGUGACUUCAGGAAGAAAAUAUUCUUUCUUGUGUUCCUUGUAAAGGAUGUCGCUAUUUUUUAGAAAUCACAAUUUCUGGGACUUUGUCCAAUACACUGUUGCUGCAUAGAAACAGUUGGGCAGUGUAUUUGAACCAAGGGGAGCCACAUAGUAUCCAGCCAUGUAUAUGUCACAUUUGGACUAUGUCUGAAGCUUUUACUUACUUGGCACCAGGGUGGAUCUAUAUGUGUCUAGGUAGCAGUGGCAUCUUCAUGUGGAAAAUUGCGAUCAAAGAUUUCUGUUCCAACAGUGAAUACUCAGGAACCUUGACUUCUCCAAGAUUCUGGUUUUAUUUUGUUUUCAAGUUGAUAGGUCUCAUCUCAGCCCAGAAUUUUAUUAUUGCCACUUCCAUGUUCUUGGAAACAUGAGUUAUCUAUAUAAAUGAAGAAGGUGCAAUUUCUGUGGCAGGCUAGCAAGAGAAACUCCUUUUUUGUUAGCUGCUAAAUAACUUGCCUGCUUCUCCCUCCCAUCACGUAAAUUUGACUGCUGGUUGACCUGCCUGUUCUCCCUUCCCUUAUGGGGAAGUCUCUGCUAGUGAUUGAUUUUAGAAUGUUCUCAAGAUCAGAACAUUGUAAUUAAUAGUAUUGUUUCUUUUGAUGAUGUAACCAGGAGCCAGGUUGUUAUCAUCAAUGCUGUACCCUGUUGGGCUUACUAACGCUAAAGAACAGUAACAUUAAUUUUGCUUUCUGCUUCUGUCCAUGCUUGCUUAAGUCCUAGGAAAAUGAUUAAAGAUGGACUGAAAUGUCUACUUGGGACAGCAAUCAAGGAAUCACUUUUAGAUUCUAACAGUCCGGUUAUAACCAAAUAAAGACUUUUCUAAAUUAUCAA